UUGCUCCUUUUAAGCCGGCAUUUUUGAGAGGGAGGUCCCUGCGACGCAUAUACAAACACUCAGUCAGGCAUCAACACUCAACCCCGCACGCUGCAGAGAACUGACCUUUUCCUUCACACAGGAGUCGGCAUGGCUAACAAAGGUCCCGCCUUCGGCAUGAGCCGGCACGUUCAGGAUAAGAUCGACAGCAAGUACGACACUGAGCUGGAGCAGAUCCUGGUGGAGUGGAUCAGCCGUCAGUGUGGCGCCAGUGUGGGAAAGCCAGAUCCCGGCAAAAUGGGCUUCCAGGCCUGGCUGAAAGACGGAUGUGUCCUGAGCGAACUGAUCAACAGCCUGUUCACCGGAGACAAACCAGUGAAGAAGAUCCAGAGCUCAACUGCAGCCUUCAAACAGAUGGAGCAGAUCUCCCAGUUCCUCAACGCUUCAGAGAAGUACGGCGUCACCAAGACCGACAUGUUCCAGACCGUGGACCUCUGGGAAGGUAAGGACCUGGCAGCGGUGCAGAGGACCCUGUCAGCUCUGGGCAGCUUGGCCUUCACUAAGGAUGAAGGCACAUACAACGGAGACCCCAACUGGUUCUUCAAGAAAUCCCAGGAGAACAAGCGAGACUUCAGCGACGACCAGAUGAAGGCGGGCAAAAACGUGAUCGGUCUACAGAUGGGGUCAAAUAAGGGAGCCUCUCAGGAGGGCAUGAGCUACGGAAGAUCCCGACAGAUCCUGUAAAAAAAAAUCACUGAGCCACAAAAAAACCUUUAGUGCCUUAAACCCUUUACCAGAGCCUGUAAGCAUCUAACACCACCUUAAAAAACAUCUUCUGCUUUUGGAUUUAGCUACUUUUCGAACAAUAAACCCCCCUACUUCCUUGUUUUUGACACUUGCCCCUUAUGUUUGCACACUGGUGAUCAUCACAGAGCUCACCAUGCUUUGUCCUUCCCACUGCAGAAGAGGACCAGUACAACGUUUUUAGUCUUAAGCGGAAAUAAAGUAACCAUAAAAAUGACCAAAACGUUAAAAAAACUAAAUGACAAUGUGCCAUAACUGACCACUGUCUCAUCUCUGAUACACAAUAAAUAAAUGUCUAAAUUUUGACAUUUGCUUCCUAGAUUUUAGUAAUGUUUGUUCUGGAUUCCGACACAAAUAUCAAUCUGUGUCUACGUAACUUACAGAAGGGAUAUUCUUUUUAACAAAAUUAGUGCUGACUACACCCCCACAUUAACAAUUUUGUUCCUUGUUAAUUUUUUCCUAUCUAACACUUCCCACAAUUCUACGCCUGCUGUAUCAGUGCCAAUAUUUUUGUACAUUGUCUUAUUAAAUAAUGACUUUGAAAUACA